AUGAUUUCCCUCUGCCGCAUAGCAUUGUUUUUAAAUCGAGACUCCUUCUGGACUACAGAAAUUAUUGAUGUCUUGGCCAGCAGGAAGCUGAAGCUGAAACGCAAAAUAUCGUAUUUGCUCUUAUCGUUGCUCGGCGUGUGUUGUAUAUUUUGCUUUGGACGUAACAACAAUACGAAAGACCAUUCGUCAACUCCGAAAUGGAACUUUUAUCGGCCAAGGGUUCCGCUUCAUGACUUGAUUCCGGUUAGUCGACCGAAACUCGAAAAGCCAGCAUCUAUCCCGGAUUCGACCGCGAGAAUGAUCAUUCUUGAAGGUUCCUACACUCCGGAAGACUUUCCUGAACUCCCUGAUCUAUAUGUUGUAGCCGUCGAGGUGGAUGAAGUACUUCGGUUGAUGCCAAAAAAUGCCUACAGGCAAGAAGGGGAUAUUCUGGUACCCCGCGAUCUCGAAUUCCACGCAAGACUCUGGGAGAGCUCCCGGAUGAUUGGAUGUUUGAAUUUGACUAUUUUGCGAAAUAUCAUCGAGCCUCCAAAGCUGAUGCCAGACGAUCUCCACUGGCUGUCGGUGCUCCGGGAUCUGCAUUUCGAGUAUCGAUCCAUACCAUUCUUAAUUGGGGGUACCUUACUAGGCUGGCGCCGUGAAUGUUCCGUAAUUCCGCACACGACCGAUAUGGAUAUUGCUAGCUUUGAGGACGAAUUCCCGAUGGCACUAAUCGAAGACGCCAUGAACAUGACGGCGACGGCGUUUCGACUGUUGCAAAUCAUAGGACGGCCCGGCGACAGCUACGAGGCGACCUUUGGGGGCCACACCGAGCGUGGGGCUCCAUGGUUCGAAGCUGAAUUCUGUACGGCUGUGAUGCACGGCUACAUGUUUCAUGUCCCAUGUGAUCCGGACCCGAUUCUGGAGGCAGAUUAUGGCCCAGAUUGGCGCGUGGAUCGUCCUACCGAUGAGUACAGCUAUGGCAAAAAUGUGGUGGAAAAUGGAAACUUUGCGGCUGAAGGG